UAUUCUCUCACCACCUUCGGCGCCGGCUCUUUCAAGUUAUCUCGAUCGGCCAUCCGUCUGUCUCUCCAUCACGCCACACCAUGAUAUACACGCUCUCCCAGCGGUGACAGCACGCGUCUCAGAAUGCGCGCCACCAUCUCCUUGUGUCGAUCAUGCGUCGGAGUCCUACACAACAGCAGUCAAUCCAUACGACCACAAGUCCUUCGACACGUCCAGUACAGCAUCCGAGGUGGGCGUAAUCGCAAGUCCUUUUCGAUACUGCACCAUGUCCGACAUAGCUUCCGCCCGCCACCAGCACCAGUCAAAGGAGGUACCCUCCUCCUCGCGGCGCUCAGUCCUGCAGCAUUUGUAUCAAUAGCGGAAGAUGAAGAGAACGACAAUGGCCUUACGCACGAGGAACAUAUGCUGGAGAUUUCGCGGCAAGAGCUGAGAGAUAGUGUACCCGACAGGCUAAAGAAUAGCAAGGGUUUUCGCGUCAGGAUAUGGCGGUUUCUCAACGCGUGGAUCUAUGAGCCAAUUGCCACAGGGUUACGGUUCAUACAUUUGGUCAUCAUAUUUGUGCCUGUCAUUGCGACAGUGCCUGUAAUAUGGCUCGGAUCACGAGAUCCUGAGCGAGACGAUGAGAGAAGUGGCACAGUCUGGUGGUAUGGCUUCCUGGUAUCGAGCAUGGAACGCGCAGGAGCGGCUUUCAUCAAACUUGGACAAUGGGCCGCGAGCCGGACAGACAUCUUUCCGCAGCAGCUUUGCUUGAUCAUGUCUGCACUGCAUUCGAACGCGCCGGCGCAUAGCUUGAAGAUUACGAAAGAGACGAUAGAACGAGCAUUUGGGCGGAAGUUUGAGGACAUUUUUGAGGAGUUUGAGCAGACGCCAUUGGGAGUUGGUGCCAUUGCGCAGGUCUACAAAGCGAAGCUGAAGCCAGAUCUUGCCGUGACAGACGACGAGGCAGCAGAGAAGCCGAAGAAUUUGAGAGAAAGAGCAUUGAAGACAGUGGAUCCGCUGUUGAAGAGCACACCCCAGCGGGAGCCGAGCAAAUACGUGGCUAUCAAGGUGUUGCAUCCCAAGAUCGAAAGAAUUGUUAGACGCGAUUUGAAGAUCAUGGGCUUUUUCGCGAGCGUGAUCAACGCAAUCCCCACUAUGGAGUGGUUCUCAUUCCCAGAUGAAGUGAAGCAGUUCGGAGAAAUGAUGCGACUGCAACUGGACCUUCGCAUUGAGGCAGCGAACCUUACCAUCUUCCGCAAGAACUUCCGCAACAGAUCGACAGCAUGGUUUCCUUACCCUUAUACACAAUACACGACCCGUCAAGUACUGGUAGAGGAAUUCGCGACUGGCAUUCCACUGGAGCACUUUCUACAAAAUGGUGGCGGCGUUUUCCAAAAGGAGAUUGCAGACGAAGGUCUGGAUGCGUUCUUGCACAUGCUGCUAAUCGACAACUUCAUUCAUGCGGACUUGCAUCCCGGAAACAUCAUGGUUCGUUUCUACAGGCCAGCAACAAUGCACGAACGGACAGAAGUUGGCACCAAGAUCCGUCAGAAACUCAUAGGCGAUCCAAAGCCAGACGCAAAGAAUGGUGAAGACGUCACCGAAACCGUGCUAUCCCGACUGAGACCUCAUAGACACAACAAGGAUGCAUGGCUGAAGGAGCUUGCACAGAUCGACAGGGAGAAUUUUAGACCACAGCUUAUUUUCAUCGAUGCGGGACUCGUCACGGAGCUCAACGAGACCAACAGGAAGAAUUUCCUGGACCUGUUCAAAUCUGUUGCGGAAUUUGACGGAUACAAAUCUGGACGACUUAUGGUGGAGAGAUGUCGGCAGCCGGAUGCCGUCAUUGACAAGGAGGUUUUCGCGCUCAGGAUGCAGCAUCUCGUCCUUGGAGUCAAGAGCAGAACAUUUGCGCUAGGCAAUAUCAAGAUUGGUGAUAUCUUGAACGAAGUCUUGGAUAUGGUGCGAUCGCAUCAUGUCCGAUUGGAAGGAGACUUCGUCAAUGUUGUCUUGUCUAUAUUGCUUCUGGAAGGUAUUGGCAGGACUUUAGAUCCGAACUUGGAUCUGUUUUCUGGCGCGCUGCCUAUCCUCAGGCAACUAGGAGCCCAAAGUGGCAGCUCAAUGCUCCGAUCUGGCGACUUGUCGAUGGUCAAGGUCUGGGCUGGCCUUGAAGCGAGAAAGUUCUUGCAAGCCAGCAUUGAGAGUGUGGAGAUGUGUGUCAAGUACGACCAAUUGAGCCCAAAUAUAUGAGAGGGAUCGAAGGCAUAGCGGUGCGUUGCAUUUGCAUGAUGAGAUACACUAAAGCCAUACAGCAGAGUUUACACUUUCAAGUAUCACUGGAUUGAUCUACGACCGUUCAAUCCUAUCACUCCUUAAGCACAAUUUCGGUGUUCGUACCCACUGAUUCCACCAUGCUAGUCACAACCAAUAGUAUCGGGUACCAUUCAGCGGCUGCCAGUGUGACAUUGAGGUGAAAGUGCAACAAGACUCGGUGAUCAUUGAAACAUUCUACGUUCGCAGCAGGCAGUAUGAAAUAGCAAGCAACCACAAAG